UUUAUUCAUGUAACUAACUCAGAGAAUGCUGUAAAAUAAUUAUGUGGUUUCACACAAUUUUGGACUAUCUUAUCAUUCAGAUAAGAUAGUAGUGACAAAAACCAGAACACCAAGGGAAGAAUUUAUUAACUCUUAUCAGGGAGUGCAAUAAGAACAGGAUAGAACCACGAGAAGAAAUAAAAUAUAUUGAUUUGAUCUACAAGAUAGCAUGAAGACAAGUCAAGGGUUAAAACCAAGCAAAAGAAUUCCGAGAACGUCUAAACUCACAGGAAUGUUUGAAUAUGUAUAAACUCUCAUGAAUAUGCAUAUAACUCCCUAACCUUGUAUAAGAACAUUGUUUUAAGCUAACCGCGUGUUUUCGGAGUAUUGCCAAACAUCACAGCGCUGGAUAUUAACCCUUUUUAUCCCUUAUUAAACUUUUAUAAAAAAAAAUAAAAUAGUGAGUUCUGUUUCUCACAAGGAUCAGUGUUGUAGGAAGAUGUAGCGUUGGACAAGGGACCAGGGCGAGCGUUUGCGGUGCCGAGAUCCUGAGGCCUUCACCUGCGUCUCUCCCGAGCUCAAUUUCGUCGCCCGGCCCCUGCGCCAGGGAAAGACGUUUCUUUCUUCCUGUUUCCUUCAGCUUCCUCCUCAGCUCUUUUCCUUUGGUGAGUCGCUCCGACUACUGUGCUUGCUUUACACACUCUACUUCGCCACUGGCGAACCGCCACCCUCCGCUCCCCUUAGGGCUUGAGGGCAGGGGAGGGAGGGGACGGGGCCUCGGUCGCUCUGCGCCAUGGAGUGGUGCUGGCGGGCUCGGCAGCCGCUCUGCGCGGUGCUCAGUUGUUCCGGCGGUGGCGGAAAAAGGAAGUGACGCCACAUGCAGAGCCCUGCGGCCUCCGGUGACAUUCUUUCUGGCGCUGGGGGCGCGGAGUGGCGUCCGCGCGGCUAAAACCUAGCUCCUUCCGGCCACCCAUGCCCCAGCUGUUACCCCCCUGGUGGAGGCUAGGACGGGCCUUGCGGUGUCCAGGCUGCUAUAUUGCUGAAGACCUUAUCUAGUUCACCCAGUCUUCCAGACCAUGUGCUCCAUGCUUUGAGACCAGGAGGACCUUAGUGUUCUGAAAUGAAGAUGGAGACAGUGGGAAAAGCAGAACUUGUUGAUUCAGUUCCACCAAAGACUUCUGAAAAGCAAGAAACUGCUCCUGAUGAAGAUGGACCUAUAGAACUUGAGACACAAACUCAGAAAGACAACAUGCGUGCUACAGGAGACUCAGCAGUGCUUUCUUCAAUGCCUUGCUUACUGAUGGAACUGAGGCGAGACUCUUCAGAGUCUCAGUUGGCAUCUACAGAGAGUGAUAGGCCAAUGGGUGGUCGAGUUUAUGAGAGUGACUCUUCUAAUCACUGCAUGCUUUCUCCUUCCUCCAGCGGGCAUUUGGCUGACUCAGACACGUUGUCUUCUGCAGAAGAGAAUGAGCCCUGUCAAGCUGAAGGUACUGUAGAGGGAGACCUUUCUGCGGUGUCUGGGGCUGAAGUUGGGAGGAAAUCCAGGAGAUCCAGGUCUGAAAGUGAAACUUCAACAAUGGCUGCCAAGAAAAACCGACAGUCUAGUGAUAAGCAGAAUGGUCGAGCUACCAAGGUAAAAGGUCAUAGAAGUCAAAAGCACAAAGAGAGGAUCCGGCUGCUGAGGCAGAAGCGGGAGGCAGCUGCUCGCAAGAAGUACAACCUGCUUCAGGACAGCAGUACCAGCGACAGUGACCUGACGUGUGACUCAAGCACAAGCUCAUCAAAUGAUGAUGAAGAGGUUUCAGGGAGCAGCAAGACAAUCACUGCAGAGAUACCAGAUGGACCUCCAGUUAUAGCUCACUAUGAUAUAUCAGACACAAACUCAGAUCCAGAAGUGGUAAAUGUGGACAAUCUGUUGGCAGCUGCAGUAGUUCAAGAGCACAAUAAUUCUUUAGGAAAUCAAGACUCAGGAUCUACUUGGAGAACCAGAGGGCUGCUAGAUGAACUGAGUGCUGAUACAGGUCAUUUGGAUCCAGGCUUCCUUGCAGGUGACAAAACAUCUUUAAGUAAUGCCCAGAUCAAUGAAGAAAUUAAUAUCGCCUCUUCUGAUAGUGAAGUAGAGAUUAUUGGAGUUCAGGAACAUGCCAGGGUCUUAAUCUAUGAAUGUCAGCUGCUGUGGCUUUCUCUCCAGAGCAUCCCAGGGACUCAGUUUCCCUUCUGUUUGUAAAGGAAAGGAGCAGCGUGCCUGCAAAAUGCAAACUUGUGACGAACAAACCCUGCAUUACUUUUGUCAUUUGGUGCAAAGAAGGUGAAUGUCUUCCUUUUACUAAAACUGAACAGCAGAUGAGGAUCCAGCCCUCCCUGGUCUAUAUUUUGAUACCAAGAACUAUAUGAAAAGUAAAUGAGUCCUUACAACUACUGAUUCAUAAAUGCCCCUUGGAAUUUUUUUUCUUGGAACUGGUUAGUCUUCUGGAUUUGUAAUUUAGUUUAAAAUUAAAAUUGAGUGACAGCUACUGGGAAGGAAACAUUUUUCAGACAGUAAAUCUCAGGGCAAAGCUGGAGUGGACAGGGGAAAUCUGCAAGUUUAAUUUCAAAUAAUUUUCUACAUUUACUAGCUGCAUUGGCAGCUUUGUGUAAAUCCAGAGCAACCACAUCAGAGCUGGGAAAAGAAACAAGUAAGAGUCUCCUGUCAAAAUAAUUUUUCAGUGCUGUAGGCCACACAAAUUGAAUGUAGAACUCAUGGAUCCUGACUAGUGCCUUUUCCAGGGGGGUUUCUACAUGAGCCUCUGACAAAAUGCCAUUUUGGACAGCUGAGGAUCGCAUUUGCUUUAUCCAUGGCUUAAUAGCAUUGACAGCUUCUAGCUGGCCCAUGAUCAAGGACACCCAAAUCUCCCAUUUCCAUUCUGCCAGGUCUUUGUGUGUCUACCUCAGACUUGACAUCACUGAACUCCAGCAUCAUGCCCAUCACUCCAGUUCAUCCAACCUCAUACACAUCUUCCAGUAUUGACAGUACUGUUACACUGUAUUGCAGUUGAGACGGACAUGACUAAACACUCAGAAGUUCAUGAGGCAAUAGCAAACUUUAUUAUUCAGCACUUGCUUUUUUAUGUUUGACCCCGAUUGGCUAGAAUCUUGGUGCCACCCAGUUCACUGACCAAUAGCUGCCUGCGUGCAUGCUCAUCAGGGAUUGACUGGCUGUUCUCUGCAGCCAAGCCCCUCCACCUCUCAGUGCCCUCUCUCCCAAAGAUAUCUCCUUUCUAUUAUAGGUAUAGGCUGAUCAAGUUAAGGACAGGGUUACUUGUGCCUGUGAGGCUUUCAGGCCAGUUGUUAACCAUCACAACAGUGCUCAGUGUGAUCAGCAGUUUUUAGUAGAAAUCUCAGUUGAAAUCCUGGAUGCUGAGAAUUUUAGACUUUCUGUGCUUAAAGGCACAGACCCACAAGAGAACACUACAUUUGACCUGAGGCUGUGAAGAAGGCUUCCAAAAUUGAUUGAUAGUACUGGGAUUACGAGUGUGUAGUUGGUUAGAAGCGUGCACUAUCACAGAGUGGAAAACUUCAAGUUUGGGAUUUUAGAAUAUAGUAAUAAAUAUGAAGCAAGAUGGAGGUUUUAGGGUGGAGGCAGGUUGUUCUUCUUUACCUUCUUCUUCCUUCUUCAUGGGUUAGGGUGGCAUUUUGUAAUUGGACAGAAAAGUCUGCAUUGCAGGCUUCCAGGGAUCAGAUAUUGGGUUAAAAGGGAAAAUAAUUUAGGUGUGCUUUCUUAAUUGGAUAGUUUAGUCUUAAAAGACCUUGUAGCAAGAGAUAGCCAUUUUGUGCCUUCUAAUGAAAAGCUGCCGAACUCAUGGUUGUGAGACUGUUUUACAGAUAAGAAAUAAUAAACGCGAGUCCGAACAUGAACUACCACCUCAAGUACCUUCAAUCCAGACCCAGAGAAACCAGUAAUCUCCAACUCUAUAUGCCUAAAUCACAGAUCACAAAAUAUUCUGAGUUGAAAGGGACCUACAAGGAUCAUCAAGUCACUCAUAAAAAUAGUGAAUUUCCAUUGCUUCUUUGGAAAUGCAUAUUUUAGAAGGUUACCACUGGCAAAUUUAACUAUUUGCAUCCUAAAAUACUCUUUAUUCCCCCUCAUCAUUACAACUAUAGCCCUCUGGAUGCCCCACUGUAUGGCCACAUGGACCUUGAUGAGAGGCUGCCAUUUUGAAGCAGGGGACAUUCAAAUCCUCCCUCUGAGAUUGUAGAUACAUAGGACAUAUUUAUCCAUGUUGUUAUGAGCUGUGUUAUAGAUACAUAUUAUAAUGUUGGCUUUUUGCAGGUAUUAAAUGGAUUUUAUAUGUGUGGUGUUAAAAUAACUUUGUUAUAAAUAUAUAGUUUUUAUUUCUGUUGUUAAUUAAGCUUAGACAUAGUAGUGAAAUAGCUGAUAUAAGUAUACUUGUGUUAAAAUGCCUGCUUGGAUGGGAUAACAUCCAAUGAACAUACGAAGACGAAACCUGCUACAGAUAUGCCAACUAUCAGCACCCACCUUCUGAAGACAAUGUGGGCCAGGGCCCAAAACUGAAGGCGAUGAUAAAAAAGGACUAAAACCACAACCAAGGAAUAUGCAUACUCUAAAAAGGCGGACCCAAGGAGUAGCCAGGCUAAACAGUUCUUGGAAUAUGUAAACUAGUUUGGGAAAAAGUUUACUAUGCAUAAGGGUCUAUGAAUAUGCAACAGGCUGAUAUAAAGAAAAAGGUAUUCAAGGAGUAUUGCUGAAGAUAACUUGGCUGAGUGCCAAGAUGCACCCAGCCAUAAUAACCUUUGCUCUAUGGUCCUUAUCUCCUAUUAUUCUUUAUUAAACUUUUUUAAUUUUCACAGGAGAGUGAAUGUGUUUUUCACAGCUGGUAGUGUUCCUGUAAAUCCCAAGAGGAGCUUUCAUGCAAGGUGGUUGGGCUGAAGUGAUGCUCCUAAGAUCCUAAUGGGAAAUGUGUCACUUGUGUUAUGGAUUUUUGCUCAAAAAUCAUUUUACCUGGCACAGAAUAUGACAGAUUCAUGGCAGGGCAAUUUUUUUGCUUUUCCACAUGAUUACACUUCCCAUUAAAGUCAAUUUAUUUGCACUAUCCCUGAACUUCAUGUGACAAAACCACUAAAUAAAAAUACAUGGGGCCUCUGGGCCGGUCACAAUAUGUAGGUGUCACCAACAUAGUUUAUGAAAAAUCCUUUACUUAGGAAUUUUCCUUUCCUGAGAGCUGAGAAGCCUCAGGAACAACGGUAAACAAUUCUUAUCUGCUGCUGUGGAAUGCCACGGGAAAAUCUGUGAUUGGCCCCAUCAGACUGUUUGCAAUUAAGAGCCUAUCACAAUUCACCUGUUCGGCCCGUCUCGGGCUGAGAAGACUUCAGUUUAGACAUUCUUUUCUAUUCUUAGCUUAGCUUUGUAGUGUAAUCCUUCUCUUUAUUCUUUUAGUAUAGUUUUUAUAUCCUAUAUAUCAUAUCAUAAUAAAUCAAGCCUUCUGAUGCAUGGAGUCUACUGUCUCGUCUCUUCCCUCCUCCUGGGACCUCAGAAAACCGCUGUAAUAUGUAGGAAAGAUAUUCUGUGCUGUUUUCGUGAGCUAGCAAAGGCCUCCUGAAGAAAAAGAGAAGCCCCAUAUCUCUUCUGAAGGAAGACCAAGGUUGUCACCAUGGAGACAAGAUAAAGGAGAGAAAGCUAAGAGAUAUGGACUCUGGCUAGCUUACAAAGUGACGUGGCUCCCGAUCACCUACUGGGAACUUUGUUUCUUUUAUAUGACCAAUGGACACUGAAUGUGUAUGCUGGAUGGGUGUAACUGUCUUAAAAAGUAUAAAAGCAACGUUGCAAAUAAUAAAUCUCUCUCUUGCACCUUU